AUAAGCUUUCAAGUUGAAGACACUCAAGCAAAUAACUUCGUGGGUAAUCUGUCUGAGGCUCUUUAUCAGGCAGGAAUACACACGUUCAAGGAUGAUGAAAAGCUUCUUAGAGGGAAACCCAUCUCCCAAGAACUCGUCAAAGCAAUCGAAGAGUCGAGAGUUGCAGUGGUGGUCUUCUCAAAAACUAUGCAAACUCUUGUUCGUAUUUAGAAGAACUUGCCAAGAUCAUUGAAUGCCGGGAUCUAAGGAGACAGGGGGUCUUAACAGUGUUCUAUGAUGUGGAUCGGUCGGAUGUUCGAGAGCAGAAAGGUAGUUUUCAUGCAGCAUUUGAACACUACGGGGUGACAUUGGUAGAUAACAUGGAAAAAGUUAAGAGCUGGAAGGAAGCUUUAGUGACUGUAUCCUACUUAUCGGGAUGGGAUGUACCCAUAACCGCUAAUGGGAAUGAAGCUGAGUGUAUUAGAAAAAUUGUACAAAACAUCUUGAGCUAUACUGAAUCUCCUUUAGAAGAUUAUCUGAUUGGGUUGGACGCACGUGUAGAGUAUGUAAAAUCAUUGUUAGGUAAAGGGUGUGGUGAUGUUUGCAUAAUCGGAAUUUGGGGAAUGGGUGGGAUAGGCAAGACAACAAUAUCCAGAGCUGUAUAUCAUCAAAUUUCUCAUAAAUAUGAGGGUAGCUGCUUUGUGGAAAAUGUUAGAGAAAAUGGUUCUGAUAAGAGAGGUCUCAAAUGCUUACAAGAGAAGCUUCUUAAGGAAAUCUUGAUGAAAGAUGAUGUUAAAGUACAAAACUGUGAUGAUGGAAUGUGUCAGAUUCAAAGUUAUUUGAGCAGUACAAAGGUUCUUGUUGUGCUUGAUGAUGUUGAUAACAUCAAGCAACUCCAAUUUCUAGCUGGUGCUCGUGAAUGGUUUGGUGCUGGUAGUAGAGUCAUGAUAACAACCCGAGAUGAAAAAUUGCUGUCUUGUGCACAAGAGAAAUAUACCCCUGAGCUAUACAGCUUUUUUGUAGGUAUGCUUUUAAGGCAAACAUUCCACCAAAAGCUUAUGCAGAAUUCUCUGGUGCUGUAGUAAGCCAUACGGAGAACCUUCCUUUAGCCCUUAAAGUUUUAGGCUCUCAUUUUUGCGGUAGAGAUUUGGAUUUUUGGCAAAGUGCUUUGAAUGUUUUGACCAAAUUACCACAAGCAGAAAUCAAUGGAAUUCUAAAGAUGAGUUUCGAUGAAUUGAGUAUCGCUGAAAAGAAAAUAUUGCUAUACAUUGCAUGUUUCUUCAAAGGCAGGGACAGGCGUUAUGUCACGAGAAUCCUUGAUAGUUGUGGUUUUAAAGCAGGAAAUGGAAUAACUAAGCUGAUUGAAAAAUCCUUUUUGACCAUUACAAAAGGCCGUGUUCAUAUGCAUGAUCUCAUUCAAGAGAUGAGUCGGUGUAUUGCUCGCAAAGACUAUCCAAAUACCAUGGCGUGGGUUACACAAGAAAUCAAGGAAACAUUGAAGACAAGCUCGAGAUUAGAGGCAGUUGAGGCCAUAGUGGAGACCAAUCAUGAUCAAUCCAGCGGUAGGCCGAUGCCCUAUUGUAGUGCAAAAGUCUUCAUGGGCAUGAAGAAACUGAGACUACUUGAAGUUAAUAACUAUUUCACUUCCAGUGAACCUGCUGCUUUCCCAGAAGAAUUAAGAUGGCUUUGUUGGUCUGACUACCCAUAUCAAUCUCUGAUAAUAACACGAGGUAUGACCAACCUCGUAGGCCUUGAACUGCCAUACAGUGACAUUCUACAAGUACAAAUGGAGAAAGAGGUUAUCCUAACCAGCCUUAAGUCCAUAAAUCUAAAUCGAUCAUAUAUGAUAACAAGCUUUCCAGACAUAUCAGGGGUCCCAAAUCUUGAACGCUUAAAUUUAUCUUGCUGUAUGCAAUUGAGGGAGGUUCACCAAUCUGUUUUGAAUCAUGAAAAGAUUAUUCACUUGGAUCUGACUGGUUGUAUGAGUCUGAGAUCUCUCCCAUCCCCUAUCAAGAUGAAAAAUCUCUCCAGACAUUCAUUCUUGAUAAUUGUGAAAAUCUCAAAAGAUUACCAGAAGUCUCCAUGGAGACAGGGAGGUUGAUGUUUUUGGAUAUAAACUGGUGUGACAGAAUAAAGGCGCUGCCAUCAUCUUUUGGACUUGUAACCAGCCUUACCAUUUUGAUAAUGAGUGUAUUUGAUGUCAAGCUGGUAAUCGAAAAGCAUAACCUGGGUUAUUCUAAAAGAAUACUGCCAAAUAAUCCGUCUCUUCAGGUCCCCACACAUUUCAGUUGUUUGCGAAUACUGGAUCUUAAACAGAAUCAUCUUGCUGAAAACGUUCUUCCCGCUGAUAUGCAUAAGUCAUGGCCCUCCAUGGAAGAGUUGAUUUUAAGACAGAACAACUUUACCUUGCUACCUGCAACCAUCUCUUUCCUCUCUCAUCUCAAACACCUCGACCUGACUGAAUGCAUUUUUCUCAAGGAACUUCCUGAGCUUCCAUCACAUAUUCAAGCUCAGAUGGUUGCAGAUCGUUGGAAAAGAUUGAAGAUUUAUCUGAUAAAUACAAGUGGUUGUUUAAGAUUUCACUCCGUUGCACUCCUAAACUUCUAAAUGAUCAUGAGAGUGAAAGCUACAUUGCUAAUUUGCUAAUGAAAUCUGUGGUCCAGAGAUGUGCAGCCGUGAAUCAUCGACUAAAUGUCGCAGUUCCUGGAAGCAAAAUUCCCGAUUAGUUCAGCAACCAGCGGUUGGGUGACAAAAUUACGCUAAAUAUACCUCAAAGUCAGAUCACAAAAUUGAAAGGGUUGGCUGUGUGCUGUCUCUUUUGUCCCUCGACGAUCAAGUAUUUUAAAUUUCUUAGCAUCAACUUCAAAGCGACAGGUAAUGCAAAUUUGAUUGAUAAGUCAGCACGUGGUGCUAACCGACCAGACCACGUGUGGAUUGGAUACAUGCCAAUUGAUUUCCUUGGAAAUCUGUGUCGUGGGUUUGCUUCUGAAAAUCUUAUCAUAAGCUUCAAAGGUCAAUACGAUCAAAUGAUGGAAUGUGGGGUCUGUGCCAUAUAUGAAGAUGAUAUCAAAGCAGUGAUGGGAAAUGGAUCAUGGGUUAUGGACUACGAUGAAAUGGUAAGGAUUGACUGUCACAGUGCAACUAGUGGGGACAUGCAGCAGGGAAGACGCUCUGCACCAAGCUUUGUGUUUGGUGAUGAAAGAACAGGGCAGCAAAACACAGUUAACGUAACUUUUUGAGGUCAUGAUAUCUGCCAAUAACUGCAGUAAUAUGUGUAUUAGCUAAGUUUGGGCCGGUCUCCAGAAAUUUACACUUCUUCUUUGGUUAACAUUGUGUUAUCGUUUGACUUUGCACUUAAGGUUGUUUGCUAAAUUCACUUCUUUUGACUAUGACAUGAAUGCUUCAGAAUC